ACCAGAGAGAGAGAAAUGGAGGAGGAGGAAGAAGAAGGAGAUGGAGAAGUCCAAUUUCCUGUCCACCCUCACCCUUUGACACCUUUUCACAUGUCACGUUUCUUCUGCUCUCUGUGCUGUGAACUGUCAUCAGAUAUCGACUGUUACAUCUGCACAACUUGCCACGAGACCUUCCACAAGAAAUGUGCAGAGUCGCCAUUGGAGCUCCACCACCAUCCUUAUCACCCUCCUCACUCUCUCUCUCUCUCUCCUCUUCCCCUUACUGAUGCCCAAGCUUCCAAUACAUGCAGCUGUUGCGGACAAGAACUCGGAGCUGGAUGGGUUUAUCACUGUUCUGCCUGCAUAUUCAUCAUCCAUCUCCGUUGCGCCAAUGAGCCACCGGCUCUCGAGGUGGACCAGCCCAAGAGCCAUGGCCAUAAGCUCUUCCUCCUCCCUAAACCACGUCCCUUCACUUGCGAUGCUUGUGGGCUGUUUCUCGAUUCUCCCUCUCUUCCUUGGGGUUGCCUCGAAUGCGGAGUCGUGAUCCAUAGAGAAUGUAUCGAUUUACCACGCGUCAUUAGGAUAUCCCGUCACCCGCAACAUCGUCUCUGUUACUCUUCCUCUCCCUGUCUUCCUCCAACACAUGAAUCGUCAUGGUCAUGUGGAGUUUGUCGUAAAGCCGUCGAGGACAACUAUGGUGCGUAUUCUUGCAUCAAAGAUGACUGCCAUUACGUCGUCCACUCAAAGUGUGCAACGAGAGAAGAUGUGUGGGACGGAAAAGACCUCGAGGGAGUGCCCGAAGAACCCGAGGAUGUCGAGGAGCCAUUCGAGAUCAUAGACGAUGGAGUCGUACUCCAUUUCGGUCACAAGCAUAAUCUCAAACUGAAAACGAUAGAUGAUGAAAGCAAACACUGCGAAAUUUGCGCUCUCCCUAUUCGUAUUCACUUGGGCGGUAUCUACACUUGCACACAAUGUCAAUGCGGUUGCGAUUUCGCUAUCCACGAGGCAUGCGCCAAUCUGCCGAGAAAAAUAUGGUACAUGCUACAUCCCCACCGCCUCACACUACAGAACCGCGUCACAGAAGUUAGGACGUGUAAAGUUUGUGUCCGCAACUGUUGCGGUUUCAUGUAUAGGUGUUGCGAAGAGGAAUGUGAUUUCGAAGUAGACGUGAGUUGCGCUUCGGUAUCCGAGCCCUUUACCCAUAUAACUCAUCCUCAUCAUCCUCUGUUCUCCACGUCGGUUUCAACUUGCGGCAACACAUGUUUCGGUUGCAGAGUAAAGAACAAGGGGUAUACGAUGCAAUGCAUCGAAUGCGACUUCGCCUUGUGUUUAGAGUGCAUCACUUUACCGUCUAAGGUGAGGUACAAACACGACAGGCAUCCUCUCGUCAUCGGCAAUGGCGACGAGACGAAUUGCUCGUGGUGUGAGGUCUGCGAAGGAAAAAUGGAUCCGGAGGUGUUUUUCUACGGAUGCGACAGCUGUUGCGUCACUGUCCAUGGCGAUUGCGUGCUGGGAGAGCAGCCGUUCGUGAAGCCUGGUCGGUAUAUCCCCGAGACGAAACUAGGAUUUGAAGUUGCGGCCAACAACAGUUGCUGCCGACCCUUAUGCCAUCAAUGUGGAAGGCGUUGCCCGUUCCCCAUUGUUUUCAAGAGAAGUGAUCUCUAUUUAUGUACUUUCGAAUGUUUAGCCGACUCUUUGUUUUCAGGAGAAUGAUGAGCGUUUGUUAAAUGCGAUGGAACCCAUUAGAUUUGAA